AUGGCCUCCCCUUUCCCAGCGAAAGCGUCCGACUCGACUUCUUCCACACGCAAGAUCCGCCCCGGCGUCGAAUUGGUCGAUUAUCGCAACGCCCAAGGCAAAGUGUACGUAUCACCUAGCGCGGAGCCACGGCUGUUUUACCCAGCGGAAAGACUGACUUGCUCGUUUGCCUUGCCGGACGAGGUGGGAACAGUAUCGCCGAGGAUGGGGAGAAGAAUGUGUUGAUCACGUCGGCGUUGCCGUAUGUCAAUAACCAGCCGCAUUUGGGUACGUCGUCGGCAGAGGUCGAGAAGCCUCGACUUGGGGGUGGUGAUUCGGCGGUCGAUAGGGGUCAUGAAGGGAGAUUGAAGGUCUGUAGGGGUGUAUGCUGAUAGUGGUGGAUAUCGUGAUCCGUAACAGGCAACAUCAUUGGGUCGACGCUGUCUGCGGAUGUGUUUGCGAGGUAUCAGAGGCAGCGCAAUGCGAGGGUCCUCUACGUGAGUCCGGACGCAGUGUACGAUUCUUAUUCGUGUACCCAAGACACUCGACGCAACAAGCAAGGGUCGCGACAGAAAAAGUUCCAUGUGCCUUCGCUUGCAAGGUUCAGGAUCUGACUACCUGACUUCUCCCUGCGACGACACGUUCCUCCUUCCACCCCCACCUCGGCUUUUUCUCGGCUUGUUCUCGGCUUGUUCUCGGCUUGUUCUCGGCCUUUUCUCGGCUUUAGAUUUGCGGAACGGACGAGUACGGUACAACGACCGAAGUCAUGGCCGCCAAGGAAGGCCUGGGCCCGCAAGCAUUGUGUGAUAAAUGUACGAUGUAUGGCCAUUGGACUUUGGUAGCCCAAACUGACCGAGAAAUCAUUGUCCGGGUGGCUCAGACCACAAAUUGCACGCCGAGGCUUAUGAAUGGUUCGAAAUCGGCUUCGACCACUUUGGCAGGACGUCGACCCCGAAACAGACCGAGUGCGUCGCGUCGGAGAGAUCCAUGGCCAGGCCCUUGGGGGUACUGACCUGGGCCUUUUGGACUCGGUGUACAGGAUUUGCCAAGACAUCUUCCUCAAGCUGUAUCAGAACGGAUGGAUGGAGGAGCAUGAGAACCAGCAGUUGUACUGCGAGACCGACAAGCGUUUUUUGGCCGACCGAUACGUCGAAGGAACGUGCCCCAAGUGCGGUUACGAUGUACGUCCAUCACUCCCUUUGAUGAAACGGAAGUAAUGAAGUGGCUGAUUGGUUCUGUCCCCACCCCACAGGGCGCGCGCGGUGAUCAAUGCGAGUUCUGCUCCGUCACGUACGAAUCCCCGAUGGAACUCGUCAACCCUCGAUGCUCAGCCUGCGGAUCUAAACCGACCGCUCGCGUGACCGCCCACCUGCACAUCAAGCUCAAGGAAUUACAACCCAAAAUCGAAGCAUGGGUCGAGAAAGCCAGUUCGGAGGGUGACUGGUCAGCGAAUGGUAUGGCGUUUACGAAUGGCUGGUUGAAAGGGGGUUUGCAGAGUCGCGGUAUGACAAGGGAUUUGGAAUGGGGCGUCAAGCUGCCCGAGGAGUUGGGAGAGAAGUGGGAGAACAAGGUCAUGUAUGUUUGGGUAAGUCCGGGGGCCAUUUUCACUUACGAGGUGCGGAAGAGGGAGCCAUCUUGCUGAUGAAUGCUCUGGUGACACAGUUCGAUGCGCCGAUUGGAUACCCUUCCAUUACGGCGAACUACACCGACGAAUGGCAGCGUUGGUGGAGGAAUCCGGACAACGUCAAGUUAUACCAGUUCAUGGGCAAGGUUAGUUUUGAACUCCGAGGAUCGAUUCGUGCCGUGUGUACUGACUCGCGUGAUUCUGGGCCUCCGUUGACGAUAUAGGACAAUGGUGAAUGGCCGAUCCCGACCCUUUGCUCUCUCCGCUUCCCGAACUGACCCCAUGCCAUUUGCGCCUGCAGUCCCAUUCCACACCGUCCUCUUCCCGGCCUACUUGCUCGGCACGACCGAUCCAUGGACGAUGCUGCACUCGAUCAGCACAACCGAAUACCUUCAAUACGAAGGUACAAAGUUCUCCAAAUCCAAGAAUGUCGGUGUAUUCGGCUCCAACGCACGUGAGACUGGUGUCCCCGCCUCGGUUUGGCGUUACUACUUGUUGCAGAACCGCCCCGAGACGAACGACUCCGAAUUCACAUGGGACGAUUUCGUCGCCAAGGCCAAUGCCGAACUGUUGAACAACUUGGGCAACUUCGUCAACCGCAUGAUCAAAUUCGUCAUUGCGAAAUUCGAUUCCGUCAUCCCCGAUCCGAACCAAGGCUCGAUCGAUUACGCGACCAAAGCUUUCCCCAUCCCUGCGAAAGACCAAUCCUUCGUCAACGACAUCAACACAUUCCUCACGACCUUCAUCGACCAAAUGGACCACCAAAAGAUCCGUGCCGGUCUCCAAACGGUCAUGCAAAUCUCGUCCCGAGGCAAUCAAUUCAUCCAAGACAACCACGUCGAUAACGCGCUCCUCGCUUCCGAUCCUAAACGAGCUCAAGAAGUCGUGCUCCUCGUCCUCAACUUGAUCUACGUCCUAGGCUCGACCUUGCACCCUUUCAUGCCUUCGACGUCGGAUUCGAUCUAUCGUCAGUUGGACGCGACGCCUCGCUCGAUCCCCGAUAAGUUCGAGAUCGAUCUGUUACCGGGACAUCGAUUGGGGCAGGCGGAUUACCUGUUCACGAGGAUCGAUCCGAAGCAAGUUCCUAUUUGGAGGGCCCAGUUCGGUGGAGGAAGCGCGGCCAAGCCCGCUGAUGCCGCAACAGCAACGGGCGAAGCUCCUCUAUCGAAGAAAGCGCAGCAGAAGGCUGCGAAGGAAGCGAAGAAAGCUGCUGAAGCUGCGGCUGCAUCGGCCGGUCCUAAAUCGCCUGAACAGCUAGAGUUGGAGGACAAGAUCAAGGUCCAGGGUGAUGUGGUGAGGAAGUUCAAGACGGGAGAAACCAAGGAGGGUAACGUCGAUCAGGAAGUCGCGACGUUGAAGGGUUUAAAGGAGGAGUUGAAGGUGCUGACGGACAAGCUCAAGGCGGCACAAAUUUAA